AUGCCAACCUCGAAAAAGACUCUAUCAGUAGUUGAAGCGACGGUCUCAGACCUUACAUCAGCUCUAGCCGGCGGCCAUAUCACCAGUGUCGAGUUAAUCACAAAAUCACUGCUCCGCAUCGCAAAAUAUGACCGACGCUCGAUUUUGCUCAACUCAACCCCGAUCAUCAAUGAGCGUGUGUUUGAAGAAGCUCAAGCGUCAGAUGACCGACGGGCUUCACAUUUGCCAAUUGGCCCACUUGAUGGCAUCCCAUGCACCAUCAAGGACUCGUACAAGAUCAAAGGCAUGACGGUCGCGGCCGGCUCACCCGCAUUCCAGAACCUGGUUGCCAACGAAGAUGCGUUCACAGUGGCCAAGAUCAGGGGAGCUGGUGCGGUGAUCUUGGGCCGCACGAACAUGCCGCCAAUGGCUGCGGGAGGUAUGCAGCGCGGUGUAUAUGGGCGUGCGGAGUCGCCUUAUAAUUCCGAGUACUUAACCGCUGCGUUCGCGUCUGGCUCUUCCAACGGCUCGGCUACCGCGACGGCGGCGAGCUUUGGCGUGUUUGGAAUGGGGGAGGAAACAAUCUCAUCUGGCCGCUCGCCGGCCUCCAAUAACGGCUUGGUGGCUUAUACGCCCUCAAGAGGCAUCAUCUCUCUACGAGGAAACUGGCCACUUUUCCCCACUUGUGAUGUGGUAGUGCCGCACACAAGGACGGUGGCGGAUAUGUUUUGCCUCCUGGACGCCAUCGCAGUGGAGGAUCGAGAUACCAACGGCGAUUUCUGGAGAGGUCAGCCCUUCAUCAAGCUACCAGAGGUCGAAAAGUUCCGCCCAAAGUCGUAUCACGACCUGGCUGACGCGGAAGCACUCACCGGUAAAAAGAUUGGUGUCCCCAAAAUGUACAUCGGCGAAGUGGAUUCAGACCCGAGGGCGCGAAAAGUGCAUACCCGACAGUCUGUGAUCGACCUCUGGAUGAGCGCCAGAAAGAAGCUAGAGUCACUCGGCGCCACCGUAGAAGAAGUUGACUUUCCUGUGGUCACCAACUUUGAUGCCACAGAUGGGCACGGCACCACGGAUGAAUCUUCCGCACCGCCUCACCGCAACGAAGUCGAUAUGGCCCAACUCAUGGCCUACGCCUGGGACGAUUUCCUCGCAGCUAAUGGCGACGCCGGUGUCGCAACUUCCCUUGCUCAGAUAGACUCGUCCACCAUCUUCCCUCGCCCACCUGGUGCGCUUCCAGACCGCUACGAUGCCCAAGAUCCUCUGGUCCGACACACCGACGUCGUGGCCCACGUCACCAAUGGACGAGUCCCAACAUACGAUAUCCAAGGCUUGGCAAAUGCCCUCCAUAAGCUCGAAGCCGUACGGAAAUCAGAGUACGAAGACUGGCUCACAUCUCUCGGUCUCGACGCUGUCGUUUGGCCCUGCAAUGCGGACGUUGGACGUGCCGAUGCCGACACUAAUGAGGAGUCAGCUAAGGCGGCGUGGAGGAAUGGGGUCCUAUACUCGAAUGGGAACUGUGCCAUCAGGCAGCUGGGUAUCCCGACCGUCAAUGUGCCGAUGGGUGUGAUGGCUGAUACGGGUAUGCCGGUAAAUCUGACGUUUGCAGGGAGGGCGUACGACGAUGCUGCCUUGUUCAAGUAUGCAUUUGCCUUUGAGGAAGCGACGAGGUUGAGGCAGCCUCCUGGAAGGACACCGGUUCUCGUGACGGACACGAUUGCGCUUUUAGGAGGAGAGAAAAAGUUGGGAAUCUCCCCACCGACGUUGACAUUGUCUGAGGCUGAGGCUGAGGCUGAAGCUGUCGUUGUUGAUCAAGGAGGACAAGGAUCUCAAGGUGGGAAGAAAAAGAUUCACCUGGCAGGUACUGUCUCUGAAGAGGAAUUGUCUGCACUGCAUCUGUAUGUGGAUGGGAAUGAGAUUUCCCGAGCAACCAUCGUUAUCUCCAAGGGAGAAUGGCGGGCCCAUGUGGAGGUAGACAUGGAUCUUGACUGGUUUAAGGUGCGACCUGAGGAGAAGAGGGUUCCUGAUCUCAGCAAAUCAAUGGUCAUCGUGCUGGCCAAGGGGAAGAACGGGAGGUCGAGUGCCAAAAUGGAAUUUGUGUAG